CCCUGCAACGAGUCAGGGCGAGCCCUGCAGACAAUGUGAUGAAAUUAAAAAUGAGCAAAAAAGACAAUUUACUGUCUGACAGCGACGCAGCGCGAGCCGCGGGGAGCAUAUUAAGCGCCGCGCCAACUUGUGGAUUUACUUACAGUCUCUCCACAGCUCCGCGCGUGAGAAGUUCAGGGGCGCUCCCAACUUUCUGAUGCCAACAACUUUUUUACUUUCACCCGCAGCCAGUCAUCAUGUUGGACAAAUUCGGGCCGCAGAGCGCUGGUGUGGCCGUCUCCAGCGCGGACCUCCAGCUCAAACUGACGGACAACAAGAGCAGCCUGGCCGCAGCGGGGAUGGGGCUGGAGAACGGCACUGGGAAGAAACUCAUAGAAAUAAGUGGACCGGCUUUAUCUAAAAGAAGACUUCUGGUUGGCUUGGACCUACUCUGCCUCUUCCUCGCUUCCAUCCCUUUCUUUGCAUGUGAGCUGAAGGCAGUGAGUCCUUACAAAAGGGGCUUCAUGUGCGGGGACACCAGCAUCACCUAUCCUUACCUGCACCAAGAGGCCAUAUCAGACGAAUUACUCAUCGCUGGUGGCAUCAUCAUCACAGGCCUCACUAUCGCCCUCGGGGAGUGCUACCGGGUUCGUUUCCGAGGCGUCAGUUCCAAGGCCUUCGUCAGGAACCUGUACGUGUCCUGUCUGUACAAGGAGCUGGGCUGCUUCCUGUUUGGCUGCUGCGUCGGCCAGUCACUGACCAACAUGGCCAAGCUGAGUGUUGGGCGGCUGCGACCGCACUUCCUGUCUGUGUGCGGUGUCACGUAUGCGUCGCUCAACUGCACACCUGGAACCUACGUUGCAACAGUGAACUGCCGCCAAACCGACCACCGGCUGGAGGAGGAGGCCAGGAAGUCCUUCUUCUCUGGCCACGCUUCCUUUGCGAUGUACACGAUGCUCUAUUUGGCGUUUUACCUACAGGCGCGAUUGACAUGGCGUGGGGCUCGGCUGCUGAGGCCAGCGCUGCAGUUCUUCCUGGUUCUGCUGGCGGUCUACACAGGUCUGACCCGCAUCUCAGACUACAGGCACCACCCGUCCGACGUGCUAACAGGCUACAUACAGGGAGCCCUCACUGCUUACUGGGUGGCCUUCCACAUCUCAUCCAUGUUUAAAAGCUCGAGUUCAGAUCUGUCUCCGACUGAGACCCCGGACAGCCCCCUGUCGCCCCACCAUACUGUCUGCUAAACCUCACCUCCGCCAACUCCUGCGUGUGCCAACGCCUGCCUGCUGCUUGUAGUCUGCUUUGGAUGGACAAGAUUUAAAGAAUGUGAGAUCAUUUCCUGUGAAGUCAAACCACAUACCUCAGUAUUCAGACUCUGGGAGAGAGUAAGAGAGCGAGAGCGACAGAGAGUAGAGCUUGUGAGAUACUGUAUGUGGCUCAAAAGAGAAAACGUGAACUGAGGGAAAGGAGGAGGGAG